CCUCAAUUUUGAAAAAAGCAAAAAAAAAAAAAAAAACGCUGUGUUGUUUCUUCUUCUCUUUCUCACUCGCUCUACUGAACCUUGAGUUAUCGCCGGAGAAUCGCAAAUCUCAACGGGAUAUUCAAAGUUGAUGGAAUCCAUGGCUCCAGAUACCGAACUUGACAUCGAUGAAGGAGAUCUGGAGAAUUUGGAGUCAGAAGUGAAGCAGAUGGCCAAGAAGAUCUCUGAGUACAGACAAACCCUACCGGACCUUCUCCGGAACACCCUCGAUUCUGCGCUUUCGUCUCUCGUACCCGUAAUUCCCAACGUCGAUUCCGGUUCUAUCGCAGAAACACAAGCAUCUGUGGUGGUGGGAACUGAAGAGCAAGACUCUAGAGAGAAAAUGAUUCGGCUAAAGGAAAUAAUGUCAAGGAACGCUGCAAAUAUACCCAAAGCUGUAAAGAGAAUCCGAGAUUGUAUAGAGCGUAUCGACAAACUCGAUUCAUUGGACGUUACCACCAUUCACCCCGCUUUCAGAAGGCGAAAGAAUUAACUGACUGGUAGAUCUAUUUCUCCUUGAGGUUUAGGCUCUCCCUUAGUACUUUUUCUUACGAAAGAUAUCCUGCUGAUAUGUUAAUACGUAAAUCUAGAUUGAUUUGACACGUACAUUGGUUACUGACUGUUCGGUUGAAACAACAUGAUCUUUGAUUGUGCAAGUACUAUGGAGGAGAGAUUAAGACUUGUCACUGGAAAAAAAAAAAA